UCCUCCUACUCUCGAACGAAGCUCCUACUCUUCGGCAUUCCUCUGCUCUCUCUCUCUCUCUCUCGCACGAGCAAUGGAGGCCAAGCAAUUAGAAGCUAAUAUGGCAGGCACUCCAGCCCAUAAUUUCCUAAAGUCUUCAAGACCCACUUUGCGUUGCGCCUCCCAGAGCACCGUUAACUUUCUCCCGUCAAAUUUAGGCCGAAACAGUUUUCGCCCUCCUCAAGCUUCUUGUUCUUUUUCAGUCUCCUCCUCUCCCAGCAGAUAUGCACAGAAGAAGAGGGUGGAUGAGAGUAAAACUUUGACUCUAGACUAUAUAAGGCACUCUUUAAUUCGACAAGAGGACAGCAUAAUAUUUAGCCUUUUGGAGAGGGCUCAGUAUUAUUAUAAUGCAGAUAUAUAUGACCCUGAUGGAUUAUCCACCAACGGAUUCCAUGGAUCUUUGGUCGAGUUCAUGGCCAGGGAAGCGGAAAAGCUCCAGGCUCAGUUGGGCAGGUAUAAGAGCCCGGAUGAGCAUCCUUUCUUCCCAGAGGACCUACCUAAGCCAUUACUCCCACCUUUGCAGUACCCACAGGUUUUGCAUCCCUGUGCUGAUUUGAUAAAUAUAAACAAAAAGGUAUGGAAUAUGUACUUUAGAGAUCUUCUUCCAAGAUUGGUCAUAGUAGGUGAUGAUGGCAAUUGUGGAUCAGCUGCUGUAUGUGACACACUUUGUCUACAGGCACUCUCUAAGAGAAUCCACUAUGGUAAAUUUGUUGCGGAGGCAAAAUUUCUUGAGUCCCCUACUGUUUACAAGGCUGCCAUUAGAGUACAAGACAGGUCUCGACUAAUGGAAUUGCUGACAUAUGAAACAGUGGAAGCAGCAAUCGAGAAGAGAGUAGAGAUGAAAGCUAAAAUAUUUGGGCAAGAUGUAAAGAUCAGCCAAGAGGAAGAUGAGGUUGAUCCUGCAUACAAAAUCAAGCCAAGAUUAGUUGCCAGUCUGUUCAGGGAUUCGAUCGUGCCUCUAACGAAGCAAGUUCAGGUUGAAUACUUGCUGCGAAGAUUGGAUUAAACAAGAGAACAAAGUGCGCUCGCUGUUUCUUAUUUUGACUUUCAGCACGGAGUCUGUUGGAUAUGAAUAUUGAUUAAAUAUCAAUAUCAAACAGCUUUGAGGGAGCCGCUUUGACAUCCAAGAUGUGCCAUGCGGUUAGCCUGGACCAGAAAUCCGGAUGUCCAGACACAGUUAAGAUAAUUGGGCUGCCUAGUAGUGGGUGGAUGGCGGAUCCGGUUAGCAGAUAUACUUCCCCUUCCCCUUCACUUCCCCAUAUGUGAAGGAUUGUUUGUUGCACUAACAAAAACUACAGUCUAAUUGGAACUUGCAUGUCUGGAACUUAAAGAAGUUUGGUUUAGGGCCGUAGCUUGGUGUGUUAAUUCGACGAGCUGUGCUAUGCAUCAGCCGGAAGCCGCAGCACACCUUACAUGUAUAUUUUUUUUUUUAAUUUUUUUUUCCACUCAAUGCAUUGAGUGUGGGGCGGCUUUGAAAUGAUGCGAAUAUUUUUUCUAAUUCGACCCCCGCCCCCCCAAAAUUAGAAUCAACUAUUUCUCACCCCCACCGUCUCACGUUAUAGUGGAGAUGUCGUUGUAUUAAAGGCUGAUAUUAUGUGUUUUCA